AUGACAGAUAAACCAGAAUAUGACUACCGGAAGUUGGCAGGCAGACUUGUCGACACUCAGGCCGAUAGCACAGAGACGGUGAGGCUGAGACUUGAGAAUGGAGGCAGUCCUUGUGCUGGUCGAGUGGGGAUUUACUACCGUUCGCUGUGGGGGACUGUGUAUGAUGAUAAAUGGGACCUUCUGGAUGCUUCUGUUGUUUGUCGGGAGCUGGACUGUGGCAGUGCGGUCUCUGCCCCAAGGCGGGCUUACUUUGGAGAAGGAUCCGGACCCAUUAUGACCGGGGCCCUUGAAUGCAAUGGGACCGAGCGCUCUCUGCGGGACUGUCAAUCAAGGAGAUGGGGUCACUACACCGGGUCAUACACCAAGAAUGCUGGUGUCAUUUGCUCAGACCACAUCCUUCCGAGAUUGGUGCCUGGAAGUGCCGAAUGCUUCGGCAAACUGGAGGUCCAGUUCAGUGACACCUGGGAAACAGUGUGUGGUCUUGACUGGGAUUUUAAAAACGCCAACGUGGUCUGUGCACAGCUUAACUGUGGCGUCGCCGUGUCUGUGUCAAGCUCUGCUCUUUCGGGAGGCUGUAAUGUGCUCAAGUCUACUGAGGUCAUUCAAUGUACGGGCAACGAGACUCAUCUGGGGAAGUGCCCUCGGUCUCCAGCCAAUCACCAGGAUUGCAGUGCACACAACAAUGUCACCCUGAUAUGUUCUGGCAGACCUGUCGACACUCAGGCCAAUAACACAGGUACGGUGAGUCUGAGACUGGAGAAUGGGGACAGUCCUUGCGCUGGCCGAGUGGAGAUUCACUUCAUGGGUCUGUGGGGGACUGUGCGUGAUGAUUACUGGGACAUGCCAGAUGCUACUGUUGUGUGUCGGCAGCUGGACUGUGGGAUCGCACUUUCUGCCCCAGGUGGGGCUCACUUUGGAGAAGGAUCUGGACCCAUUGUAACUGGAAAGUUUUGGUGCAAGGGGACAGAGCGCACUCUGCAGGACUGUCCAUCAGUUGAAUGGGGUCACUACACCGUUCCACAUUCCAAUGAUGCUGGUGUCAUCUGUUCAGAGCAAGUCAUGUUAGUACCUGAAAAUUCUCAAUGCCACGGAAGACUGGAAGUCCUGUUUGAAGACACCUGGAAAACGGUGUGUGGUCUUGACUGGGAUUUGAAAAACGCCAAUGUGGUCUGUGCGCAGCUUCAUUGUGGGGUGGCCGUGUCUGUCUCAAGCUCUGCUCAUUCUGGAGGCAGUACUGUGCUCAUGGGAUCGAAAGUCUUUGAAUGUACGGGCAACGAGACUCAACUGGGGAAUUGUCGUCGGUCUUCAACAACUCACUUCGAUUGCAACAGAUACAACAAUGUCACCCUGACCUGUUCCGAUGAUAGUUGGUCACCAAGACUGGUGAAUCGGAGAAACCGCUGUGAUGGCCAAGUUGAGAUUUAUUACAAUGGAAGCUGGGGAAGAGUACAGGACACCCUGUGGGAUCUGAAUGCUGCUCAUGUUGUGUGCAGACAGCUGGGAUGCGGUUAUGCCUUGGAAACGCAUAACUCUUCAAACUACGUGGAUAGCAAUGAGCGUCCAUUGAUACAUAGUAUCCAGUGUCAUGGACAGGAAUCACAGAUCCGAGAUUGCAACAUCUCCAAUUCUUUGCAAUUGUCUGUGACUGACAGCGGGAGCGUAGGCAUCCUCUGUUCAGAACAUAUCCAGUUAAGGCUGUCAGAUGGAGGAACCCGUUGUGCUGGUCGAUUGGAAAUUUACUACAAAGGGACAUGGGGAUCAGUUUGUGAUGACUCCUGGGAUGUGAGAGACGCUGAAGUGGUUUGUAAACAACUGGGUUGUGGAGGUGCACUGGAAAGGGCCCUUCCUUCCUCCUGCGGGCCGGGCACAGGGCCAGUUUGGUUGAAAGACGUGAACUGUUCUGGAAACGAAUCAUUUCUCUGGGAAUGCCCUUCAGCACCAUUCGGUCAGCAAGACGACUGUUCUCAUAAAGAGGACGUAAGAAUAAUGUGCUCAGAACACAAGGAGAUGCGGCUGGUGAAUGGAAAGCAUCGGUGCGAGGGGAGAGUGGAAGUGUUCUACAAUGAGGCCUGGGGAACGGUGUGCUCAGAAAGUCUGGACUUCCACGAUGGGGAAGUGAUUUGUAAACAGUUGCAGUGCGGUGCUCUCCAGGACAUUGAUUAUUACACUAAGUUAUUCGGAGCAGGAACGGGACCUAUUUGGCUCGAUGACGUGGAGUGCCUGUCACACGAGCCAACGCUGUGGCAAUGUAAGAGAAAUCCGUGGGGUCAACACAACUGCGACCACAGGGAAGAUGCAGGUGUUGUUUGUUCAGGUAACACAGCAAAUCUAAAUUUUCAGUUGUCAUUUCAAAAACUGAUUUACAAUGGAGUCAACAUGUUCCUCCUCUUCACAGAGACCAAUGCAACAAAGGAGCAGUCCCUCAAUUCAAGUUCUUGCCAUCAGCAAGCAGAUUCGCAACACAGCGUGAGCCUGGUUGGAGGAAGCAGCAACUGUGCUGGGAGAGUGGAGAUAAUGUGCGAUGAAGGUUGGGGCGCGUUGUGUGGCGAUUCCUGGGAUAUAACUGAGGCCAAUGUUGUCUGCAGACAGCUGGGAUGUGGCUUCGCUCUAUCAUCCCAAGGAGGGUCCGCUUAUUCCCAGGCUAAAGGCAUAAUCUGGCAGAACGAUGUGAAGUGUAAGGGAAGUGAAUCCUCUCUGUCAGACUGUCUCUCCCUGGAGCUAAAGCAAAAGGAGUGUGAUCACAAGGGAAUUGCCCAUGUGAUCUGUUCUGGACCUGAUUUGUUGCUGCCAUCCCGUUCAACUCCACUUGCUGGACAGGCAAGGGCAUCUAUUUCCAUACCUGGCAUCAUCUGCUUAGCGUUGGCAGUCCUGUUAAUCUGUGAUGUGAUCGCGCUGCUGGUCGUAAUGCAGAGAAAAUAUCAAAGGAAAGGCCGUUACACUGGUGGCUCAAGCCUUGGUUUGUAUCAAGGAAUUUAUGAAGAAAUUGCGGACAUUCCCCCUGUCAAGAAGACUUCUGAGAAACAUGGGUCAGCUCCAGUUCAGGACCAUUACGAUGACAUUGAGACUGAAUCUCAGGAUGGUCAGUCACAAUUGGAAAGUAAUGCUGAUGAAUCCCUCGCACUGACAAAUGCUGAUGAUGGUCUUUGUUCAGUCGGUAAAUGUUAGAGUCUAUUUCAGCAUGGGCUGCCCCGAG